AACGUGAUUGCUUUCCAUCAUUAGUGUUAUUGUAAUAUCAACUAAAGCAUAUUUUAAAAAAAUGUUCCUGUGUAGUAAGUUAUCAAGCAGAAGCCUGCAACGCAAAUUUGUUGUUGAAGUUUAAAUAAAAGAAUGGUAUGACAUCUGUGCUAGUUUUAGGCGUUUGCGCUGCUGGAUUAGUUUUCGCAAUAUGUUUGGUUAUCCUGGCCUGUGUGCUUUGGAAAUACAUCACGCUCAAAAAAGCCGAAAAGCAAGAUGCGGAGUCAAACGAUGGAAAAGAAAGACUUCCAAGUGAAUCAAUUAAAACUCCUGAUUUUACAAUCCCUGUGUAUUACUACAGAGUACAACCAAAAUUAAAAGGUAGAACAAGAUCUGCUGGAUUUGAUACGACCGAUGGAGAAAGGAAAGUAAUUCCGCAAAGGACAAGUGCACCACAUAUUGCCUUCACGGAGCACGACAUCCGUCAAUUAAAGAAAGAAAAAUCAUUGUUAAAUGUGGACCCAUCACCAAGAAAGAGAAAAGUUUCGGCAUCAAGAUUAGAAACGAAGGCAGAAGAGGUGCGAAGUAAAAUCGAACGUCAAAUGAUGUCCCAUCUACGUAAACAACGCAAAAAGGAAUCUCGCCUGUCAGAAGAGGGUCAUUUGAGCGUGUCUUCGUGUGACAUUAGUUCGGAAGAGAGUGAAAAAAGUGAAGAAGUGUUCGAUUCUGCUUCAAUUGGAUCUGGUAAAAGAAAAGUAGGCAGACGCAGGAAGCUGAAGUCAACAGAUUUUGCAGUGAAAUAUAAAAAAGAAGGAAAAAUAACACUCGCAUGCGAGUAUUGUGAAGAAGAAAAAGUUUUAAAAAUUCACGUUAAAAAAGUGUCUGGUAUAGCUGCUAGAAGAGAAAUAACAGAAACAAAUCCAUACGUGCAGCUUUUUCUCGAACCUGGCAGAAAACAAAAACAAAAAUCUAAAUAUCACAAAGAAACGAAAGACCCUAACAUUGACGAAUGUUUUCAGUUCGUUAAUAUAAGCAAAGAAGAUUUAAAUAAAUAUAAAUUGAAAAUAAAGGUUUUAAACCAUGGAAGGUUUCGAAAAAGUGAGACUCUAGGUGAAGUGAAUAUUGAAAUUAGCGCGUUUGAAUUGAAAGCAAAAGCAACAUAUGAUGUUGAUCUAUUUAUAAAGAAACCAGAGAGCUUCUACUCGUCUAUCAAUGUUACCCUAUCGCAUCAAGCCACUUUCUCCAAGCUAGAAGUCACCAUAAACGAAGCCAAACACUUGCCUAAGAAGGGACAGUUUAACCCAGAUUCGUUCGUGGUUGUAACACUGUACAAGGAAGACGAAGUUGAAAAGAAGAACACUAUAGUUCAACGCAACACCAGAGAUCCUGUUUUUAACAAAACGUUCGACUUUUUUGUUAUCACAGACAAUCAGACUCCACUAAACACAUUCUCAUUGGUUGUGACAGUAAUUAAUCAUUCUCUGAUUGGUCACAACUCAAUCAUAGGUCACGUGGUGUUUAGUUUGUCUUCAUCGCAAGAUUCAGCAGCAGAACAUUGGAGAGAUGCUCAGAAUGAGCCAUAUCAACGAAUUAGCAGGUGGCACUCCUUGCUAGCUCCUGAUGAAGUAUAAAUACAGCGUUUGUACUUUUAAAAAAUUAGAAAUUCCAUCAGGAACUAGCGUAUUUUUUGAUGCCAAACACGAUGAGAAUACAAGACAAGUCUUCAAAUUUAUCCAACAGCUUUUGACGGGCCAUAACAUACUUAAUUAUGGUUAUAAACCAUGCAUAUUAUAUAUAGAAAAAUACUUUGUUAUUUAGGUUUUUAACAUUUAAAGAAGAACAUAUUAAAAGGA